CAUGUGGGAAGACUUUCUAGGACACAACCUGAUGAUAUCGUCAGUCACCACCUGUUAUAGCCGAUCACCAAGCGCAUGCAGUGUCCCCUUCCACCUGCAGGGUUGAGGUCACUUAAUAUAUCCACUGAGAAGACUCGGAGUGAAAAGCAGCAUUCCCGCGCUACAUAGGAUGUGAGUGUUGACACACGCCCCGAGAAGUGCUCGCUAACUUGGAGUAAGUUGAACGCUCCGCGGUGAUCGUUUCCCGUUCUACGCGUAACAGAACAGCUUGGCGGUGCUACUAGGAGAGUGUAGCGUUAGUCGUGUUUGUGUAUUUGGUGGCAUCUGCGAGAUAGGAAUACCACAAGAUAACCGUGAUAGUCCGGGCCAGCUAUCUUACCACCAAGGGGCCGACAGCUUUGCAGGAGGGGGCCAGCGCAUCGUAACCUUGUGGCUGGAGAGUGUGUGGUGUUUACAAAGAUCCAUAAUUGAAGAUAUACGCGCAUUGAGCGCGGAGUGUUUAUGCCGAGUGAGUGUACUCGUUCGCUGUUACAGAAGCAACUGUGAUCGAGUGCAGUCGGGAGUCUUCAGCUGAGCGCUGUGGAGAGACUAGCUAAUUAAGCAACUCGCUUGCUGUUAUUCCAUCGCCGCUUUCGAUUUUGUUUCCGAAGCAGGAAUCAGCUGAUCGCUUUGUGACGACGAAACAAAGAACAGUGCUGCCAAUGUCGUUCUUUGCAGGAAUCGGGUAUUGUGUUACUGUGUGGUGAAAAUCGGUGAAAAUACAUCAGUGUGCAGGGCUAUCGACUUAAGGAGGAGAAUACAGGCGUUUAGCCUGACCAAAUAGCCAUUGUCCGUGUGUUGUCUCAGAGGGACAAUGAGUCGAAGGGCUAGUUUGUUAGCUAAACAGAAUAAGUGCAAACCCAAAGUUCGAUUCCCGGAUGAGUUGGUGUUUCUGGAUAACAUAAAGGAGAAUGACCUGAACGCUGUCAGUACUAUGUUGAGGCGAGCAUCGCUCAAAGUCAACAUCAACGAAAUCAACGAUGUAGGGUUAACUCCCCUUCACCAGGCGGUGCUCGACGGAAACUGUGACGCUGUUCGCCUAUUGGUUAAUCACGGUGCUGACGUCAACAUGCUGGAUGGAGACCAUUGGACGCCUCUUCACGCAGCAUGCGCAGAAGGCCAUGCGGAUAUUGUCCGGUUCCUACUGAAAAAAGGCGCAAAUAGACGCAUCCUGACAGCCGAGGGUGAGCGUCCCCUCGACCUCGUGGACCCCACCGACGUGGACGUCAUCAGCAUCAUGCUUGCGAGCCAGGCAGCAUCACAGACAACGUUGGAGUCGGAUGAAGACCUCGACGACUCCAACGAGGAAGACUGUGACAAGGAAAAUGGCAACACGUGAUGGCGGCGACAUAUGACGACUCCAGCAGUGUACGACGGACAUUAACAUGACUGUGCACACUGGAGUAAGAAGCUCGGCGAUGCAACAGAUAAUCAGUGGUGCACAGGCUGGAGGGAGUACACAACUCCCAUGGCAAGCUCAAGGGGGAUGUCAACACAGAGGUGGCAUAGGGUCUUUUAAAUGCGUCGCUAUGAGAUACGCACACUGUGUGCAACACGAUGAAAUAGCCAGCUGGAUAGUUUAAACCCGAACCUGCGGAUUUCAUCAUACGCUUCGUUGGUGACAUAUCGUCAUCUUUAUAUAAGCUUCGUGCACAAAUGAUCUUCGAUUCACUGCUGAUCAAAUUUCAGAAUCACGUAGAACAACCGACCAACUAGAAUCGAUCACCUUUGCCAACCCAUUCCUCAUGGUCACUGACCAAUAAACAUGAGUGUUAAUUAACAAUAACAUUGUACCUAUUUGACGCACCUUCCAUGCGACCAGAGUCCAGGACUUUUGUGACCUAUUAACAGCAUUAUCAUGGCCUUCAUGGCAAGCCCUCCUGCUCAACGAUCACCUAUCAACGCACCGUGGUACAUGAACUCACGUAACAUUCUAUUACUGACUCUGAAGUUUAUUGAAACAAUGAACCUCCUUUGACUUUGACGAGUGUGUUACCGUGUGUCUGUGGUUCUUUGAAGUGAAGUGUUUGUCCUGAUUGCGACUGUCUCUGUACCCGACUCGUGGUUGUUGCUGUGACGUAUUCAUGAACCGUGUGCCGGACUUCAUGUUAAGACACUUCAUCAUUCUGCAGGAAUGGAUACAGGCUUUUCUUGCCAGAUAUUGUGUGGCGUCAAUUACCGUGGCAGCAAAAUGUGCAACAUCGUUGUCCUCGUUUAUGAGGUAGUUUGACAUAUUGUGGCUUUAGGUUAAGCCAAUGCAAUUAAAAUUCGACUGUCAGUCAAAUGAACUGUCGGGCAAAAGAAAGUAUACACCUGAGAAUUGGAUUUGACCCCAAAAUUACAAACGUUAUCUAAACGCUAUCAAACGAAGCACUGCAAACCUGAGAUCCAAACACAACUAUGAUACCGGUAUCAAAUACAUCACCAUCGAAUAACAUUUCUUGCUUGUUCAGACCGCCUUCGCGGUCUUGCGGUAGAACGUCCGGCCAGAGAGCGGAAUGUCGGGGUUCGAUCCCUAAAGACGUUAAAAGAUGAUACUUGUUGCUACCUGGCGCCUAGCAUUAAGGGGCUAAAACAAGGACUGGUCGGCUCGGAGUCUGUAUACUGUGUCUGAA